AAUACUCCAUCUUCAAAAAUUCUUUUACAAACGCAGGUACUCCUCUCUGCUUCCUUUGUAAGUAGCAUGUCGCUUAAUCGCCUAUCUUCACUUAAGAUUACAUGUUUCUUUCCUUUUUCUAAUGUAAAAAUGGUUUAUCCGUGAUUAUCCUAGAUUUCUCAGACGACCCAAGAUGACCCCUACUUCUGCUCUAUGGAUCCUGUUAUUCGUAAUAAUGGCUAUGUCUCACCAUUCUGAAGUUUUGGGAGCUAAUGUCGGUAUCAACUAUGGAAGAAUAGCCAACGAUUUGCCAUCUCCAAAACGGGUCAUUGAAUUCCUUGCUCGCGACUUGCAAUACAAAAUUCCAAUGGUUCGAUUAUUCGAUCCGGAGCCCGAAGCCUUAGCUGCACUGAGUGAAACAAACCUUGUUGUCAGUUUGGGCACCCUAAAUGAAGACCUUUCCCAAUUGGCCAGUAGCAUCGACUUCGCCAGAGAAUGGCUUAACAAAUACGUCACGCCGUACAUGGAUUCCGCUGGUAACGGCACUAAGUUCCGCUAUCUUACACUUGGGAAUGAGGUCAUCCCUGGUCCUUUCGCCGAAAAUGUCCUCCCUGCUAUGAAAAAUCUCCAACAGGCGGUAGUGGAGGCUAAACUCUCCGACUACAUCCAGGUCUCCACCGUCGUGAGCGCUGGUGUGCUCGGAAGCUCGUAUCCUCCCUCCACCGGCGUAUUCGCUGACAAUGUGGCAGGAAUCAUGAGUGACAUUGUAAAAUAUCUACAUGACAACAACGCGCCUCUCCUGAUCAAUAUUUAUCCAUACUUCGCUUACAUCUCAGAUACAGAACAUAUCUCGUUGGACUAUGCCUUGUUUACAUCUAAACAACCCGUAGUCAUAGAUGGAGAAUGGCAAUACUACAACCUGUUUGACGCGAUGGUGGAUGCGUUUGUAGCGGCGAUGGUGAAGGUAAUCGGAAGCGAGGAUAUCAAAAUCGUAGUGGCAGAGAGUGGAUGGCCGAGUGCCGGAAACGAACCGUACUCAAACUUCGAGAGCGCUAUGACUUACAACAAUAAUUUGAAGAAUCGGAUUCAGAACCAGGGAGGUACGCCACGGAAGCCAGAUCUAAAUCUGGAUACGUACAUCUUUGCUCUGUUCAACGAGAACCAGAAACCAGCCGGUGCGGAACAACAUUGCGGCUCAUUUUAUCCGAACUUAUCCAAAGUUUACCCGUUGUGGUAGUGAGUUUGGAUUGGGAGCAUCAAUUAGAAAAUUACUUACACUUGUUUGGUUUAGGAAAUUAUUUUGCUGAUUUUAAUUGAUCGAAAUAAAACUACAUCUCUUACCUUUCCAUUCCUUUACACUAAAACAAGUUAUUAAUAAAAAAAUUAUUUUAUG